CUUGAGCCCUGUAAAACCUUACCCAUAAGGACAGACGGCGACACCAGAUAAGGCCAUGAAGAGCCACACAACACACAAUCAUGAUCCUUUUUUCACUCCAGACUUCACUUCCUCAACCCCCAAUUUCCCAAAAUGGAGGCUCUCCAUCUGGGUUCUUCCUCCUUCCGUUCCUUCAAUUACAUUACAAAUUCCACCCACACCCUUAAUCGCUUCCGCCCUCUAACCUUUCGCAGAUCCAAAAUCAGAGCCGUCGGCACUGUUCCACAGAGCCAAUCCGACACCAGUGAGCCUCAGGAGCCUCCCAUGGUUGAUUUCGCUUUCGUUAAUUCUGUAUUGCUUCCUGAUGGAACUCCUGAUGUGCACUUUCGUCGAGCAUGUGGUGGGCAAAAACUCAGAAACAUAAUGCUUGAUUCCAAUGUUGAAUUGUAUGGGCCUUAUUCGAGAUUUCUGUUGAACUGUGCGGGUGGAGGGACCUGUGGGACUUGUAUGGUGGAGAUCGUUGAAGGGAAAGAGCUAUUAAACCCUCGCACAGACAUAGAGAAAGACAAACUUAAAAAGAAACCCAAGAACUGGAGAUUAGCUUGCCAAACCAUUGUUGGGAAACCAGAUUCCAGAGGGAUGGUUGCUGUUCAACAGUUGCCUGAGUGGAAAGCUCAUGAAUGGGGUUAUGAAAAAGUAGAGCUUUCAGAAUCAUCAGAGUCUUCAGAAUCUGCAUAAUUUUAAUAACAACCUUUUGUUUUACCCAUCAGAGUCAGCUGAGAUGAUUGAGCUAUGGACAUUAAAGCUAAGCUCCUUGCGGUCAACAAUGUAAUUAUUCCCCGUUAAUUCAGUUUGUCCCCCUUCCUUUUUUUUUUGAA